GAGAGAGAGAGAGAGAGAGAGAUGGGGGGGAGGAGACAGCGAGUAGUUUCAGUGGAGGAAGGAAAAAAAGUCGGUGUGAAAGAGAGAAUGGGAAACUGACUGAUAUACUGCGAAUGGCGAGCCUCGGGAGAGCAGAUGACAAACUAACACAAGGAUAAAAUGUUGCGAAAAUCAUCAACUGGGCACAAGAGCGCGCAUAUGUAACAGAGAGACACUGAGUGCUGCUUUUCUGCCGUGUUGGGAUUGUAUCGAUCGCUCCCGGGACAGACGGGAAAGCGCUGUUUCGGAACUCAGUUGCACCCCGUCCCGUCGCGCCAGUGGAAGUACUGAGCCGCUUUCCAAACUCAGCGCUGUCGUUCGGGGGGUUUGGAGGAAUCGUGUAAAGAGGGCAGAUAUAGUAGGACGGGAGCAACAAGAGUGCUGAACAUUGGACAAAAGUUUGGCCUUUUGGAGACGGGGGAGCGGGAGAGGCCGAGUCUCGCCACCGCUGAACUGACAACUUAACCCAGCUUGCUGUGUGUUAGGGGCAGAUAACUUUCACCAUGAAAACCCCGGGGGACUCGGGGUUUGCGUUCCCAGACUGGGCCUAUAAGCCAGAGUCCAGUCCUGGCUCCAGACAGAUCCAGCUGUGGCACUUUAUCCUAGAGCUGCUGAGGAAGGAGGAGUAUCAUGAUGUGAUUGCCUGGCAGGGGGACUACGGGGAGUUUGUGAUCAAAGACCCUGAUGAGGUGGCAAGGCUUUGGGGCGCCCGCAAGUGCAAACCUCAGAUGAACUACGACAAACUCAGCAGAGCUCUCAGGUAUUAUUACAACAAGAGAAUUCUACACAAAACUAAAGGAAAACGCUUCACCUACAAGUUUAAUUUCAACAAGCUGGUCCUGGUCAACUACCCUUUCAUUGAUAUGGGGUCUGCAGGAGCGGCUGUUCCUCAGAGUGCUCCACCGGUUCCUACAGGUCCCCAUUUCCGCUUCCCUCCGUCCGCUCCAUCAGACAUGCAGGUGUCCGAGGUGCUGCGGUCUCCCAGCAGCGAGGAGCUGCGCAGUCCUGGGAUGUUCAGCGGCCGCCGCAUCGCCCGCGGGUCCGUCUCUGACUGCAGCGAUGGAACUUCCGUCAACUCUGAGAUUGAAGACGGGAACGGAGGUGCGUCAGAGGAGAGAGUGACGGAAAGAGUGGCUGAGAGAGGAGGAGGAGGAGGUAGCGGCGGCGGUUUUCGUGGUGCCGUUCACCCUCGUCUGUCUCACGAAGCUAUGUUCAGGAUGUACGGUGGACCAGGCGGUCACAGAGGUCAUCGAAUGUCAGAGGUCGGACACAGGGUUCAUCCUGAGCCUCUCUCACCAUUCACCGUUUCGCCGCUGCCUGGUCCGGGAGGGCCUGGCCUGUUGGCGCCACCUCUGUCACCAGCGCUCUCCAUGACCCCAGGCUCUCACCUGGCCUACACGCCCUCCCCUACCCUGUCGCCCAUGCCUGGAUCCAUCUUCUCCUUCAACCCAGAGGACAUGCAGCGAUACCUGCAGGCUCACACCCAGAGCGUCUACAAUUACCACCUGAGCCCCCGUGCCUUCUUUCAUUACCCUAACAUCAUCGUUCCUCACCCUCAGCGCCCUGACAAAGGCAUGCCCGGACCCCAGGCCUGUGAUCGCGGCCCUGCCGAGAGGCCCUCGGUCCUCAACAGCCAUCACUCCAGCCUCCCGCCGCCUCACGCUCACCCUAUUCACCACCACCUGGGUGAGGAGCAGCACCAUUCGCCCUUCAAGUUCAAGCUCCAGCCUCCCCCACUGGGCCGUAAACAGCGCGAUGGUCAGGGUCGACAGACCUUGCUUUCCUCCACAUCUACAUCCGGUCUGGGCUCCUCAUUGUCGUUUGGUAGUGACCUCAGUUCAGCCAGUGGGUCGGGACUGGUGUCCAACUCCUCCUCAACUGGCUCGCUAAACAGCGCUGGCUUGCCCAAGAUUAAGGUUGAGCCCAUAUCUGACAUUGAAUCAGAAGAGGAAGUCGAAGUGACCGACAUCAGUGAUGAAGAAGCUGAUGAAAGAGACGAAGAGUUUGCCGUUUUCCCCUCUCACUACCGUAAUCAUCAUCAUCACCAUCACCAUCAGCAUCAGCAUUAUCCUCGCAGCCAAAAGCACCAACAGCCCAAUGGCACUGAUGCCCGUCUCCACCCAGAUGAGGACUUGGAGGAAGAGGUGUUCAAAGCCCCCGCACCUCCACCCUUCUUCGUCCUUCCAUCCUCUUCCUCAGCCGAUGGUCGCCGCGGUAACCCUGUUGUGAAGAGCGAACCUGUAGAGCCUGCGGACUUGCAGCUGGCAUCCGGCGGACUGCCACAAAUGCACUCCCAGUGUAUCCCACUGAAGCAACGGUUCAAACGGCGCUGGGACAGGGACCAGCACAUGGAAGAGGCGGAAGACAAGAAAGUGAGAGGAGAAGAGAGGGGGAGAGAGAGGAACGGGAUGUUGGAGGAGAGUGGGAGUGGAAGUGGGAGCGGAGAGGGAGAAAGCCCACCUCCUCUCGCUCACCACAGAGUUAGCGCAGAGCUCCACCGAGCCACGGCACAGCUGUCACUGGAGAACAAGGACUGCUGAUACGCAUCGACACAUGUAGACGACUGCUGAUACACAACUCUACAACUGCUGAUGGACCCACACUCAAACGUGACUCUUUGUAGAUGAAUGACUGCUGAUACUGACAACAGUAAUACUGACACAUACACUGCACACUUCGACUAACUGACCCUUGCUUAAUCAAAUCCUGUUCCCCAGGCUACCCUCGUUCCCCCGCCGCCCUCAACUUCAGCCGAGGGGCUCGCGUUCCAGUACAUCUCAGUGUGACCUUGAUGAUGAAUGACUUCACCCACGUGCCCCAGCGACCCUCAGGAGUGAUGAACUUUGACCUUAGGCACUAGAGAAUAUUUUAUAUUUUUAGAAGAGAAUUUUAUUUUGCAAAGUGCCUGCGAGCUAUCCCUCAAAACCCCACAAAGAGACCUAAAGAUGGGCAUCAGAAGGACUGGUUUGGUUUGAGGGACUUGAUCUUGAUCUUCAUCUCCAGCAACCCAGCAUUAUUUUCCUCAGUGACAGACUGUGAUCUGUCUCUAUGUGAUGUGGUGGGAUACAAAUGCACAGAAAGUCACAAAUAGACACUGUUCUAAAACCAGCCUGGUCAGAAGUCCGAACCCUCAGGGACAAAACCCCUCAACACGCACACAUACACUCAGACAUGAUCCCUUUCUUGUUCCCUGUAUGAAGCGUGUGUCUGAUUCGAGUGUGAAUGUGUGUGUUUUUGAAAUCUAGCUGUGUAAGUUCUCAGGAUAUCUCCCUCCUAUCCUUUUCUAUCUAAACCAGCUCACCCUAAAACUUUUGCGCUCUCUUCCAUUCUCUUUUUUCCCCCUCUGGGACCAUACCUGAAUCACUUUCAUUCCGAUGGGAUGAAAUGACUCGGGCAUAACAUGCGGUUCAGAGACCAUACUCUUAAAUCUCUUAAAUGGCUACUUUCUUAGUCUUUGAAAUGACAGUCUGAAGUUGAUACAUAUUAGAGAGUUUAUAACAAGCUUCCCUUGUAUAGUCAGUCCUUUAGUGUGAACUAAACCAGCAUAUCACACACACACACACACACACACACACACAC